AUGGUUUUGGUUUACACCAACUUGCGCUCUGUAGAUGUGUUAGGACCCUAUCCAGUUACCCCACGGGAUAACAAAUACGUUCUUAUCGUCGAGGACCUAUUCACUAAAUGUACUGAAGCCAAGCCCGCUUCAAAUUCUGAAGCUGCUACUAUUUGCCAAUUCCUAGAGGAUGAAAUUUUCGCGAGAUACGGAGACCCUAAGGUAGUCAUCUCCGACAACGCGACAGUGUUCCAAAGCCAGAAAUACCUCAACAUGUGUCAGCGCAAGCAAAUUCAGCCAUAUCACACCGCCAUCUACUUCCAACGAGAGAACCCCGUUGAACGAAAAGUUGCCGAUUUCAAAACCAUUCUGCGAGCCCUCAUGUACAUUCAACAACGGCGGCGAAAUUGGGAUCAGCAAGUACCACGUGCCCUAGCAAUACAGCGCCGACGCAAAAACCGAGCCACAGGAGAAUCACCGGCAACCGCCCUCCUAGGAUAUGAAGCGGCCGCUCAAGGGGGCUGGGAAAUUCCAGAAUUUCAAAGAAGACGAAAGCGACCCCGAGAAGUCGCGAGGUUGAGGCGCCAAACCAUCAUCGCUCGACAACUCGAUUUCAAUCAAAAUACCUAUCCAGGUCGAGACGAUGAGCCUACCAUCACCUUCCAAGUCGGUGACAUGGUAAUGGUAAAAGAGCACAACCCGCCGGAUCCUUUCGCACCUACAUGGGCAGGACCGUUUCCAAUAGCCGUCCGAAACUCGCCACAAAUAUACGAGGUAGACAAGUAUGGAAGGCAAUUCAAAUAUCACGUCGAUCAAUUUCGACCGGCACCGCCAGGGAACCCUCCGCUGGAAGAGGACGAUUCCAGCGACGAAGAAGAUGACGACGAUAAUGCACAACACCCGAACAAAUUACAGUCACCGCAGAAGUACACGCCGCCCCACCAACUCCAAUCAAAUUCCGUAUCCGCAAGGUACCAGGCGAAGAUGGAAACCGUCGCCGAUACCAAGUCAUUAACAGUCAGCCACUCGACCAAAUCCAAGUCGUCGAAACCCAAAGUCCACUCGACGAAAGGGGGGAGGUGUUGUAUAAUUUCCAACGCCCGGAACAGCGCUCCAAGACGAGCUCUCUAUGCAGAACCUAAAGCCAUAACAAACAUAUUCCACGAUGUUUCUAACACUGAAGCCGAAGCCGCUGUCAGAGGAGAAAGUAAAAAUUUCACCUAUGUUUCCAAUCCAAACCUCAAAGUCCAGCACCGAGCUCCAAGCCCGAUUUCCAACAUAGGACUCUAA